AUGGAAUGGAAGGGAAAUCAUGGAAACUUUGUCACCACCGAGCAGCCACCACCACUGUUGCUAAACUCCAUCGCCACUAAUCAAUUGGUAAAUCUAGGGAUUGCAAUGGAGAAUGCAAUUAAGCCCUUGAUCCAACUAAUUGAAAGCCAUGCAUGUUUGGUUGAUUCUCAUGCGGAAGAGGAGGGAAUGUCGUAUGGAGUUCUAGGCAAGAAUAAGACAGUAAUGAAUGAAAGGUUCAAUUUAAAUAUAAUUCUCCAGUUUUACCAAAGGAGUCGAGGUGUGGUUUACUUCUUAUUGUCUAACUAUGAUAUUUUGCGAUUCUAUGUAUAUUCAGAAGAAUACUUAGUGAUAUAUGCAACUUUUGUUAUUAAUUAUUUCAACUCGUAUGCAUCGAGGCUUAUCAAGCUUGACGGAAAAUUGAGAUAUUUUUCUAUAAGUGGAGAUCAUUUGUAG